AUGAGUGAAUUCGAUACGGACCCGACAUCCUUGUACAGCGUGAAGGGUAUCGUUAUUUUGGAUCAAGAUGGCAACAGAGUAAUUGCGAAGUAUUUCGACAAGACAACAUUCGGAACGACCAAGGAACAAAAAGCCUUUGAGAAAAGCCUUUUCCAGAAAACGUCUAGGAAUUCCUCAUCGGAAAUUAUUCUCCUCGAUGGUGUGACCUGCAUCUACCGAUCAAAUGUUGAUCUCUACAUGUAUGUUCUCGGAAGCAGUCGCGAAAACGAACUCGUAUUAGAGUCUCUGCUUAACUGCCUGUUUGACGCAAUCUCAACAGUGCUCCGGAAGAACGUUGAGAAGAAAGCCCUUAUCGAUGCCAUGGAUACAUGCAUCCUUAUCAUAGAUGAGAUUUAUUUGCUUCUAGAAAUGCCUCGAACACGCCCGAAACGGCUUGGCAGUUCGGCAGGGGCCGAUGUUUCUCCCCCAAAAUUACGAAGAAGUAAAGAAAUUGAAGAUCUAGUUAAAGUCGGAGAAAGCACUGUGCCCUUCACUUCGGUUGAAAGGAAGUUUUCCUUGCAAGAGAUGAGGGAUGCUCUUCCCGAUACUGCCCUUUCCGAAAAGGAGAAUCACCCCGAUGAAUCAAAUCAAAAGUUUCAGGAUGAAACUGCUGCCAUCACUCUGUCCGGUGUUGAAAACUACUUCUUGCAAGGGAAAAUUGCGCAGCUCAAUCGAACUCGGGUGAAGCGGACAAAAUCGAAGCCGAUAGCACAUCUAGCCGACGCCAACUUGUGUGAAGAGGCAAAUGAGAGCGAUGAGGAGGAAAACGAUGCAGAAACAGCGAGGUUCAGCCAUUGCGACCUUGGACUUCUACGGGACUAUCUUGUUGAAGAAGACGCCAAGUCCAAAAGCAAAGAAAGCUUCAAGAAAAUAACAAAAGAUUUCAAAUGGUGGACUUUUUGUUUGGCUGGCGGAUUCAAUUUACUGUUAUACGGUGUAGGCUCCAAGCGAGCGUUGCUGGAAGAGUUUCGGAAAACUCAGCUCAAGUCAUUCCGCACUCUGAGCAUUGACGGUUUCAAGGAAGAUGUGAAUGCAAAAUCGAUACUUACCAGUAUUGUCGACUCCAUGAAGCUCAAGGAUUGUGAGCCGAGACGGCGCUCCCUCGUUGAAUGGGCAAAGCACAUUGCGUCCACCAUCGAACGCAAUAAACAACAGCUCAUCGUCUUGUUGAACAAUAUUGAUGGUCCCAAUCUGAGGGAUCCAUCUGAACAAUCGGUUUUGGCAGCAUUGGUGGAGAGUCAUGCGGUUCUAAUGGUGGCCACUGUUGACCACAUCAACGCUUCUCUUCUUCAUACAAGUCAUCAGUUGCAAUUAUUUAACUGGAUAUACUACCGUGCGGACACCUUUAUCUUCUCAUGGCAGGAGAUUCUCGCAGGGCAAUCUACUCUGCUUGGGCUCAACCCGAAAAAUAAUCAGUCGACCCACUCGCUGUCUUCUCCUCGACGUUUUGUGGCAGUCAUUGGCCGCAAACUCUCGUUCCAUCCUUCGAAUAUUUUAUGCAAUGUUCUUCCACAGCAAGGAACCUGUCGCAUUCUGGGACCUUUUCACUGCUGCCAAGGACGAAUUUCUUGUUUCGUCAGAUACCGCUCUCCGUCAGCAAUUAGUGGAGUUCAGCGACCACCGCAUUCUUAG